AUGUCAUUCUACCGGUCCAUAGGGGCAAUUUGCGCAUACAUGGACGAAACUUGGGUGUACAGAGGAAUGAAACCCACCAUCAGACCAGCGGUAGAAAAGGAUAAAGGAACAAGAGCCAUUGUCGUCGGAAUUUUAACUGAGGAUGGAAUUCUUGAAAAUUCGGAAUCCGUUUUUUCUACUGGAAAAAAGCCUGAUGAGGAGUACGAGGAUUACCACAAAAACAUGGAUACAAGAAUAUAUGAAGCGUAUAUGAAAAGGAAUAUCCCGAAUCUCGCAAAAAUGUCAAUGGACAGAAAAAGGGAGGUUGUCCUCAUUGUGGAUAACGCUCCCUAUCAUUGCCGCAUGCUGGAAAAGGUGAAGGAACGUGCAGUCAAGUGGUUGCGCGAGCUCACGCCGGAAAGCGCCAAAAAGCUAUUCGAACACAUGCAAAAACAAGAAAAUGAGCUUAUGGACUUCCAACGGGAUCUGGAUCAGGUUAAAAAUGCUGACUUACUCUUGGCAAGAAGUUUGAAGUCAUUGACAAUCGAUGACUUUCCUUUCCCUAGGACUAAUGAAGAUGUGAAGAACCGAGGCGAGCAGAUUGUUCAGAAUUUGGUGUCCGCGCUGAAGAUCAUCAAGAAUCGUCUUGGAGAUUGCGCGAAAGGUUCAAUUUUUGACAACAUUGAAGUCGCCGCAAGAGCUCUCACUGGAAUAUCUGCUUCUUCGAUCCGACGGAGACUUGAUGAAAUUCCCGAAACGAAACGUCCUGAAAAACGACAAUGGAUCAGCAGAACGUCCAUUUAUAAGGCUGCAGGAGAAGGAAUUUCUGAAUAUAAGAAAGAACUCAUCAGGAAAAGGCUAGAGUACUGUUGGAAAAAUGAAGAAUUGGUGACAGUUUCGAGUUUGAGCGAAUGGUGCAAAAACAUUCCUACGAGUACAUCGAAAAAGAAAGAAUAUUGCUCGUUUCUGCUGAAAAAUGGGAAGGUUUUCCAUCCUAGAAUAAAAAGAAAAGAACUUUGGGAAUCGGUCAAGGAUGUGAUCGCGAUGAAUGGAGGGCGCCUUCGGAUGAGGAAAUAUGAAAUUGACGAAUGGGCACGAACAGAGCAUGGAGUCGAGAUUGUCCGGUUGCCGCCAUAUCAUUGUUCGUUGAAUGCCAUCGAAUUCGUUUGGGCGCAGUUGAAGAACCAAUUGAAAAGCAUUGGAAAGACGACGGACAAAUUGGAGACAAUCAUCGAAAGAACACGCUCAUUUUUAGAAAAUUUCUCACCUGUCAAAGCUAUUAAUCUUCUCAAUCAUGUGAGGAAGCACGAAGAUGCGAAGCGUCAGGCGAUUAUUGAUGGAACCAUAGUGAGCAACGAUGAAUCGGAUGACACAGAAGACGGAGACGACGAGCUAGAUUAUAAUGAUGAAUAG